CCACCGCACGCAUCAUUGUAUGUGAUUGUUGAAUAUAUUUUAAUAUGAUGCGCUUGCGAAAUCUUAUCACAGGGAGGUACUGCCCUGAACCGUAGUAGCUUUUGUUAUCGAAAGGCCCCAAUAAAAAAGGUAAUGCAACGCAAAUUGGCUGCGACUCCGAUGUUGCAAAUAGUUCUUGACAAUAUCUCUCUAUAGCGACCUUAAGUGAUGAAAAGUCACAUUGUUAGUCAUUCAGUAGCAAGUAGAGAUGUGUAGUCGUACACUUUUUUGCUGUAAUCUUUAACUACAGCACUUGUUACGCCCAUUUUACGCCAUCGGGGAUUGCAUCAGCCCCGGCUGAUACACACCCGGCAUUGGAAUCUAGGUGCUCGUUGCUUAUGUCUAUGCUACCUUCUAGUCGCAUUUCUCUCGCGUCUCAGCCGAGUUGGCGUAAAGUUAUAUUGCAAGCGAAAAAAAAAAAAAAAUCCUAAAUGGAGGUGCCGGGGUUCGAACCCGGGGCCUUUCACAUGCGAAGCGAACGCUCUACCACUGAGCUACACCCCCAGGAUAUGCUGACGUGCGAAAAUGUUCUAUACAUUCUUUACAAAUUUCAGUAACUGUAAGCUGAGAGUACGUAUUGUUAUAAUGUUAAUAAAGAUAUUGUACAUUGCUCCUAUGAGCAGCGGUAGCCGCUUUAACAAUAUAUAUGCAAUCAUUCGUAGUCACUACAGAAGCUGUUGCGAGAGGGAGAGAGAAGUUGGGCGAGAGAACUGCGGCAUUCUUUAUUCCAUGGAUUCCAUGUGCGGCCAGUGCGUCAGGCAGAAACGGCAGGCGCUGUCGGAUUGCGGCAUGUUGCGGCCGCCAAAAACGUGAUCGUGAUUCAGGCAUCAAUGUAUCGCCGAAGCGUAGCCCGGGAGUACGCUUGGCCCGUUUACCAUAUUCUAUGCGUUUACUACUGCCCAAAUCAUACAAGCUAAACGGCAGUCGUUAUCAGACGCCAUGCGAAGCGUGCGGAGGAAAACCACAAAAACUUCGUUUCGCGCGGAACUACGAACUUUGUUGGCGACUGCCGUGAGACUCAACAUGCCACAUAGCGCAGUCGAUGAAUGUCUCGAAGAGGUGUUCUUCCGACAGAAGCGAUCGCCAACAUGUGCGAGCACUUCAGCAACAAGUGUCUGCGCGCGAGUCACAAACAUCCUGAUGUGGUGCUCGAUUCUCUUGGUAUCCUUCAGAGUGAUCCUUCACAUUUGCUUUGAGGGGAUGACUCUAGACAGAUUGUACGACAGGUACACGUACCCUGGGCUUCGAACUGCUCGGUUACUUGCCUUACCAUUGCUGAGCCAGUUUCCAUCGUUAGCACAUUACCACGAUACAAAGUGCCUGGUUCAUAAUCCAUUUUUCAACCCAAUGAACGAAUCGGAAUGUUGGCCUUGUGAAAACUUCAAGGCAAUUGUCGACUUGACCGGUCAUUCCGAGAUUGCUGUGAAUUACGUUUGGAGCCUUGUACCCUUUGUUGUAAAGGAUGCUCUGAAGCACAGCAUCAGUGGUGAGCACAUGCACGAGUUCUUAAAGGCCCACCGUGAACUAACAGAUGAUUCGUCUGCCAAGUUCUAUUCGACUCUCCAUGGUGUGCAAGAACCCCGCCAUUUACUUGACUGGCAAAAAUGGCAACAGGUGGAUGACCGUUAUUUUCAUAUAUCGUGGCAACUGGCAUCCCCUCCAGCUGCACGCAUUCUCAGGCAGGUUUUUCACAGGCCUUACUUUGUGCAAAACAUCUCCGAGGUGUCCCUGCAGAGGUUCCUGUUGUUUGAUGGUCCCGACGCACCAAGUUACUACCUGCCCGAAACUGACUUCUCAAGUUCCUGGCUUGUGCAAGUAGAGGGAAACCGGCUUGUGGUGCUUGAACCCUCAGAACUUUGCAUCCGUGACUGCCGUCAGGUGUCAGUGCUUCUGAAGCCCAAUGACGUCUGUAUAUUCAAGCCUGUGAAAGAUGGCAGAGUGCAGCCUCCUGAGGUGGAUUGCUUGAAGAGGCAUGCAUUAUAUACUUCUAUGAUAGAUCACAGUGUUCAGACAGUGUACUUCAGCAGUACAAUCUCCAAGGCAAGGUUGAUACCUGUUCAUGUUGGAGAUCUGCCAAGUAUCACAUAUCUGGGCUCGUUCUACUGAAGCUUGUGCUGAAGGAAAACGGUACGACAUACCACAGCACUGAAGUGGAUAAUUUUCAAGGCAGAUUUGUUGACCCGUUGCACAGAUUUCGGUGUCAGUUAAUGUUAAACAGUUCCUUCGGAAUAGCAUUUACUUUGCCUUUUCAACAACAUGGCACGUUAUAGUUGUGCAAUCAGGUGCACCUGGAUAGAAUGUCAGGUGUUAUACCCACACCUGCUAAUCUGUGAACUCUAAAAUUAGUGAAAUUCAGUGGACACGAACAACAUCCACAGGGGAGAGAGGAUAUCACACUUUUCUUUCUUUCUUCUUUUUUUUUAGGCUUGCCUUAAGCAUACACUUUUUAUGAGGCACAUACAGAUUAAUGCUGAUUUAUUUUUUUAGACACAGGACACAAGCAGCAAACUUAGCAUAGCAAAUAUUAAGAAGCAACACAUUGUUUUUAGGUUGCGGUGACUCUCUCAAUGACUUAGGCGUUUCUGUGAAAACUUGCUUGAAGCAAGUGGCCCUCCUGCAUCCUUUCACCAUCAGACUUCCAGCGAAAGGUUUGGGGAAUGACGGGCAAAGCUUUUUCGCAAACAAAAUUUAUUUUUCAUGAAACUUGCACAACAAUCGUAAAGCAAGCCCAAAUUCGUGUAAACUUAAGACGAAAUUCGGGAAAGUUGGCCGGUAUGGCACAACUCGGGUGUUCUGGCUGGUUUUUCACUUUGCUUUAAACCAGUUUAGCUUUUUCGAUAGCUUUGCCAACCACCUAUAAUCUGCAGAGCUGUGACAGGGGAGAGAGAGCUGUGUGUGGCUCAAGAUCUCGGUGGAGCGUGGCAUUAAGCUAGUACCUGAUGCAACACAACGAAUCACUUUUGUGAUCGCAUGUAGGUGCAUGGCGUCUCCUGUUCACUUUGCACCAAGCUGUCUGCAAAGGCAUGUGGUGCACAGUAGCGUGCCUCGUUUGCCGCCACCCGUGUGCUGCAUGCAUAAGUAAUGCCAUCUUUUGUCCUGUGGAGAGUUGUUGACAAUCAAGCUUUGUGAACAGCCUGUUGUGCCCAUGGAAAGUGCAAAUGGUGCCUUUCUUGCCAUUCUGUUGAAUAGACUGCCAUUCUGUGUGUUAAGACCUCCUCAUACUCCAUUUUGUACCUUGCAGCCAACGCUGCGGAAGCUACGCAAGUGGUGCGCUCGUAGAAGUCUCACUACGCACAUUUCAGAGUGCAGUUGUUCUUGAUUUGCAACGCUUUCUAUGAAGUAACUACUUCAUUUAUUACUACUACUUGUGGGUCGUAAGGUUACGUCAAAUCCCAUAUUUGGGUGCAUCUUUGUGCUUCCAGUAUGCCACCUACUAUGUUUUGGUCUUACGCACGACCUGCCUCCCCCCACAGCAGUUAGACCUUAUACAGAACAUGAUGCUGUUCCACUUCGACGGUCGCUUCUGCUCCGCUUCGAAGGUCAAAACGCGCGGCACGCGUGCUUUGUGAGGUGCGUUUGGAGGUGGCUGCUUGUAAUUCAGCCAUCAUUCCCUUCGUGGCGGCAGUGAAAUUUCAUUAUAUCGAAAUCAUGUAUAAACACACUUCGUUAUAAUGUGGUUCUAAAUAAGUGGUGUCCGAUGGACAAGAUGUUAUAAAAAGUUAAAUACUUCAUUACGUUGAAGUUCGUUAUAUCAAGGCUUAACUGUAUUAUACUGAUCUUAGCGUGUUAAAAGGGUGACAUAGAGGGUGCUAAAUGCCCGCACAUUGCGUGCCGAUGGAGCAGCGUGAACAGCUAGUAGCAUAAAUGAGUUCUGCAAGAAAAUCUCAUAAAUUUAGCCAAGAUCCCUUUUCCUUCUCAUUUAAACCAAGUGCGAUUUUCUUUUUAUUACCGAUAAUUGACUGCUUUUGUCAAGAUGAUGUAUUUGCAGCAGAAAGAGCUGUUCUUUCAUUUCCAAAAUGCUGGUGCCAGCCCCCUCACAUUUAUGUAACCUUUUAUGAUAUAUGUUCAACUGGUUGUUUCAAAGGUGCUACUAUGAGAAUAAGUAGGCCUAGCAGGUUAUAAUCUGACUUCAUUAUUCAUGCUCACUCUGAAGCUUGUGCUCCACUUCACCAACUCCAUGCAAUACAGCAAAAGCUACAGACAGCCAUAAAAAAAAGGCUCCUCUAUGUCGGCCUGUGAUCGUGUGAUGUGGCCUCCGUGUGAUGCCAACUGAAUAGAAGCUUCAUGAAAGGAUCAGUGACGUGAAAUGGGCAUGCCCCCCAACCCCCCCGCCCUUCGCAGAACACGCAGCUUACUCUCAUUACUGAUUGGCUGGCAUGCAUCUGCUGCAGUGAAAGGAAUUAAUGGGAUGGAAUUAACAGCCAAACCUGUGUACGUAUAGCGCUGCUGUCUAACAUGGCCAGUCAAAUCUGCUAUUAGGUGGGAAUUUCUCUUUGCCGGAACAGCGGCAUACUCUUUUAUCUUAGAAAACUUGUGUGUUGAUUUAGGCAGAUCAUUCUUGUUUUUGUAGCUGUGUGUUGCUUCAACUGUGCUGCUUCUGCAAAAACUUAUGAAACUGUCGGCACUUGUGAACUUGCAGGUAAUCCUUCUCCUUAUCCAUGAAGAAAUGUUGCUCAAAGCUAAAGGACACAGCACACAUUAUAUCUCUGCCUUUUGGCUGGCACUCUGAUGCACACAAAGAUAGGUUGAUAGUUUCCAGCAAUUGCAAGUGCGCGUUGCACUCGGAUAAUGAAACGUAAAAAUUAUUUCCUGAACUGGUGUUGUCUCCGUCAGCAUUGUUUUUGCGAACAGUUUAGUUGUGUUGCACAUUCACAGGGUUUCAAUAAACAGCAACAAUAUCCCAUACAUUCCCCUCUGGAAGAGCCAAACAGUUCUGUCUAUUCACCACAUGAACAAGCAAGCACUGUUGUUGACUGUGUUAGGACAUAUUACUAUUUUACUGUUUGAGCAAAAGGUCACUCAAGGUACUGGGAGAAGUGUUUUAAUACUGGUGUCAAAAAUGAGAUUGGAAAUGUGGUGGAGGUUUUGCACUGACUGUGCCGUCAUGUCAAAGUGAAGGCAUUGCCGAAAGUAAUUGUCCUAGACUGUAUUCCUUGGCCUUCCAACAGAGGUGCGAUCAUCAGUUGAUAACAUCUUGUCAGAUUCUGUUAUAUACCAAAAGGUGACCUGAAGGCACAAGAAGCAAAGAAUGGUGUAAUUGUUCUGCACCAUUAUUUUUAAUUCUUUCUUCUAUGUUGUAUUGAAUUGCACGGUAUUGCAAGAUCUUGUGGGACAUGGGAUGCAACAUUUGCUACACAGCAGGUCUGUUUAUCUUUUCACAGUUAGGGGUGUCGCAUAUUGAGUAUGCAAGUUUCUUUGUCUUUUUGCUACAAGUGUACCGUAUCUGCUGGGAUCUACCGUAUAUACUUGUAUAAGGGCUGCACUUUUUCCUCUGUAAUCUCGGCUGGGUGCGGCCCUUAUAGAAAUCAAGUUGAUGACGGCCCGCUAAAGGUUCAUAUUGUUUUCACAGCUGUAGCAGAGGGUAAGAGAGGUGAAAAUGACAUAAUGCUGCAGUAAACGACCUCAGAUGCCGGCCCAUCAUCCCUGACCAGCGCUCACCAAUACAGGGCUCCUUUCUCUAUAGGUGAAAUGCCACAGAUCUGACUAGAAACAAUGCCAACACAAUCGAGAGGAUGCGCCACACAAAGAAAGAAUGGCGGCCGGCCUGAGUGGCUUAGACGGAAAAGCAGCUAGCAUCAUCUAGCGGCAACAUAACGUCACUUUUCGGCGGGCGGUCUCAAUUUUUUUCCCAAAAUUUUUGCACUCUAAAGUGAGGGUGUGGCCCCUACAUGAGUCUAUAUGGUAACCUGACCCCAAACCUAGGGCAAUGGCCUCAUGUUGG